UUUGUGUUGGUCCAGGAGAACAGAACAGCAUUGCACUGGGCAGUUGCAGGUGGGAAUGAAGAUGCCGUGAAGCUUUUACUGUCUCAUAACGCAAAUGUUGACAUUGAGGACAAGUUUGGAAUGACACCAGCCCUUCUUGCAGCCUGGUUUGGUCAUCUUCAACUCUUACAGUUCCUGGUCAAUGCCGGAGCGAAGGUUACCAUCAGGAACUCGAUUGGACAGAGUAUGCACCACUGUGCUGCUCACCAGGGACACCUGAAUAUUAUCUGCUACACAAUGGAGGAGCUACAGGAGGUCCCACUGGACAAACCUGAUGAGGCUGGAAAGACACCAUUACUACUAGCUGCAGAAAAUGGCCAGUUGGACGUAGUGAUGCAUCUUCAUGCCCUAGGCUGUGACCACCAGUUUCAAGACAAGGAAGGAAAUAGCAGUAUUCAUUUGGCAGCGGGACAGGGCCAUGUGCAUGUGCUGGAGAAUCUGAUCGAGGGGGUCUGCACUGAGGUCAAAAACAAGGCUGGACAAACUGCCCUACAUCUUGCAGCGGAAGGGGGUCACUUCAACUGUGUAAAAUUGCUGCUUGACAAUCAAUGUCAGAUCAACGUGUAUUGCAGUCAAAACCUCAAUGCUCUGCACUACGCAGUAAAACAGGGACAUCAAGAUGUCUGUCAUUUAUUGGUGGAAAAAGGGAUCGAUGUGAAUGCAGUGGGUCAGUAUGCCUGCCUCCAUCUUGCAGUGAAACACGGUUUUGCUCAGAUUGUCAGGCUCCUGAUAGCUGCUGGAUGUGACAUCAACAUCAGUGACCACAGGCAGCAGAGUGCUUUACACCUGGCAGUGGAGAGGCGACAGCUCACAAUCAUGGAGAUGCUUCUCAAAGCCAACAUUAAUUUACAGCUUCAGGAUAAGCAGGGGAAGACAGCACUGGAUCUCGCUGUGCGGAGCCAACAUGCUGUUCUGAUUGACAUGAUUAUAAAAAUGGAGAGGUUCAACGCAAGGAAUCUGGAUACUUCAGAAGUUACAGCUGAAGGUCAGGGGGACUCUGUACCGGACCUCACAUUCAACCAUGUGCAGAAUCUGGAUCAUGUCCGCUCUGUGCUUUGGAACUUGGCCACAAAGCACCUGAAGCCAGGUGAUUGGAAGAAGUUGGCAGAGCACUGGGAUUUCUCCAAGAAACACAUCAAAGCUGUGGAGACUCAGUGGACAGGAAGGAACAGUUAUAAGGAGCAUGGUUACCGAAUGCUGCUGAUCUGGCUUCAUGGGAUUAUCACCUUGGGCAAGAAUCCCAUCAAGGAGCUGUAUGAAAGUCUGGUGAAAAUUGAAAAAGCUAAAGUAGCAGAGAAAAUACGUAGACAGGCGAAUACAGAGAAGGAUUCAUCGCAGAAGUGCAAAGUGAUGAUGGGACGACAUGAACUCUUGACUUGGACCUUUGCUGUGCUGAUGAGGAGCGAACACAAUGGAGGAAACAGCUGGACAGUUGCAGGAAAACACUGGCAUCAAAGAAGGAUUCAGAAAAGAUUCAUGAGAAUGGUUCCUGGAAUGGGGGACUUCAGUCCCCAUGGGUAGAUUGAUGCAUCUCCUCCUCAAAAGGGGAGAGCAAGAGCUUGAGAGGAGAUUCGAUGGGAAAUGUGACCAGAACUGUUAGGCUGGAUACAGGAGGAAAAAACGUCCCUCCCAUUUGUCGGAUGAGACCCAAAUGACACUGAUUGAUGGCAAAAGGAGCAAAGAUGACAUGAGACCAAGCCUUUUUCUCAAGACUCGAUAUCAAGUUUAACAAUUAUAGAGCAUGAACGCUUGCUUCCAUGUCUAUUUCCCAUCACCACACCCAGGUCCUGUCAUGACAUGAAUUGCUUUCAAUCUAUUUUCAACAACUCAUAGCUCCCAUUAACACCUAUCUAGUUUCUCCUCUAGCUUAAAUCUCCACGCUUCAGGCUCUCUGCCUUUAUUCCUGAUAAAGGGCUUUUGCCCGAAACGUCGAUUUCGAAGCUCCUGGGAUGCUGCCUGAAUUGCUGUGCUCUUCCAGCACCACUGAUCCAGAAUCUGGUUUCCAGCAUCUGCAGUCAUUGUUUUUACCUAGUUUCUCCUUUACCCUAGUUUACUAUCAAAAUAAUCCCUUUGUCAACCUACCUUUUUUCUCUGACUCUUUCUGGGCUCUCUCCAUGUAUUUGCGCAUGCCCCUCCAUCAAGCUAUACCACCUUUUCCCAGCUAUGGGCAGUUCUGAAGGAGGGUUACUGGACUUGAAAUGUUAACUGUUUUUCUCUCUCCACAGAUGCUGCAAGACCUGCUGAGUUUCUCAAACAAUUUCGAUGCUUUAUUUUUCAGAUUUCCUGCAUCUGCAGUUCUUUAGUUUAUUUUCCAUUUUUUUAAAAAAUGGUUUUAAUCAUAGGAGUUAUUAUAUGCUGUCUGGCAAUGUGAUGGAGAUGGAUCCAGUCCUCGCUUUCGAAAGGGAAUUGGAUGAAUCUCUGAAGAGAGAAAAUGUGCAGAGCUACGAGGAAUGUAUUACAUUCAUUUUUGGUCCCCUUACUUGAGGGAUGUAAUUGCAACGGAGGCAGUUCAAAGGAUGUUCACUGGAUCGAUUCCAGAGAUGAAGGAGCUGUCUCAUAAAAAGAACCUGAAAGGGUUCAGAAAAGACUUAUAAGAAUGUUGCCAGAGUUGAAUGUUUGAUAUAUACAAAAAGGCUGAAUAGGCUAGGGCUAAUUUCCCUGGAACAUCGGAGGCUGAGGGGUGACCUUACAGAGGUUUAUAAAAUCAUGAAGGGCAUGGAUAAUGUGAAUAGCCCUGGUCUUUUUCGCAGGGUAGGUAAGUCAAAAAUUAGAGGGCAUAGGUUUAAGGUAAGAGGGGCAAGAUUUAAAAGACAUCUAAGGGACAACUUGUUCACGCAGAAGGUGGUGCGUGUACUAAAUGAGCUACCAGAGGAAGUACAGGGGGUGAGUACAAUGGAUAUGUGAAUAGGGAAGGAUUAGAAGGCUGAGGCAAAUGUAGGCAAACAGCACUAGAUAAUUCAAGAUUAACAUAGAUGAGUUGGAUCGAAGGGUCUAUUUCCGUGCUGUACACCUCUAUGACUCUAAAAAAGAUUGAACAGUUUAGGCCUAUACUUCCUAGAGUUUAGAAGAAUAAGAGGACAUCUAGUUGAGAUAUAUAAAAUUCUAAAGGGGAUUGAUAAAGUAUGCAAAGAGGGGAUGUUUCUAGAAACUGGGACAAUCUAGAACAAGAGGUCAUAGCUUUAGGAUGAGGAGCGUCAGAUUUAAAACUGUGAUUAAGGGUCUCAAAGGAUCAUGAAUCUGUGGAAUUUACUAACCCAGAGAGCAUGGAUGCCAGGGCUCAGAGUAAAUUUAAAAGGAGAUUAGUUUUUAGUUAGUAAUGGGUUGAAGGGUUAUGGUAGGUGGGCAGGGAAAUGGAAUCGAGGCCGAUAUGAGAUCAGCUGUGAUAGUAUUGAAUGGCAGAGUAGGCUCAAGGAGCUGAAUUGCCUACUCCUGCUCCUUAUGAAAUGUGGGUGUAGAGGGGCUCUGGCUGAGUUGCUGUCUUGGAGUGAAUUGAUCCAAACAUGACAGGCUCCAUGAGCAUCCAUCUCUACUGUAACCUUUAUGAUUUCAUAGCAGUCAAAUAGUGAAGAUACUGCUAAAUGGCUCAGACUACAGUUUAGAGUCCAGUGCAAUGAGGCAUAUCUCAUAGUACCUGUUUUAAACGGUUUCCGGUAUUCUGUGUUGUAUCUUCACAGCUGAGUUUUGUUUUAUUUGUCUGAGUUAACUGAGUGAAAAACCAAAUCAAUAAAACUACUUCAAUGCUCUUGGGUAAAUACAUAACUUCCUAAUGCUGCAAAUGUUCUCGUGCUCAGUAUUUGAAUGAUCCCAUGUUCUUCUGAAUUCAAGCCCUCCUCUUUUUGUAUUGUUCUGUUGUAAAGAGAGAUCUGUGUACCUCUGUACUAUCCACGAUCAGCCUCCUGAAAAUGAUUACCUUGAUGACUGUCCCUGGUUAAAAUGAUUAGGAAAUAAAGGAAGUCUUUUUCUCA